AUGGUGUUCGGGCGCCUGACGGCGGGCGAGCCGGAUAAACACUUCGCGGGGCGCGUGACUUUCACACUGUUCCAGAACUUUAUGGGAGGGCGGAAGCCGUACCAGCUCAAGUACCAGAACCCCGCGGAUAAGGGAAAUCCGCGCGACUUGGGGCACAAGACGUUCGCCGUUGUGGGCGGGCAGGUGAAACUGUACGGCAUGCCGGGCGGCAGCAACACGCCGUCGUGGGUGCGCCUCACCGAGACGGUCAACCCGGGCGCGCGGGCGAUCUACGUGGACACGGACGUGACGCGCUGGGCGCCGGGGAUGACGAUCGCGCUGGCGUCCACGUCAGCAGAUCUCAACGACGCGGAGCACCAUGUCAUCGCGUCCGUGUCCGUCGUCACGCCCGCGUCAGCACCCGGGAAGAGCGACGGUCGAUACCGGAUCAAUUUAAAGACGCCGCUCAAGAAGCGGCACGACGGCGUGGAAAUUUCGGACGGAGUGGGAGGGACGGUGGGGAUCUACGGAGAGGUCGCGCUGUUGGAUCGGCACAUCGUAAUCACCGGGAGUAACGAGGCCGCGCCACAUCGAUACGACGGUGGCAACUUCAUGGUUUACAUGACGCCGACAGCCCAAGAAAUCGUUGGCGUGCAAUUCCGUGCCCUGGGGAAACAGGGCACGCUGGGUAAAUACCCCCUGCAUUUCCAUGUGUGCGGACAAGAGGGGCAGAACCAUGUGGUGCGAAAAAACGCGAUCGUUUUCACGAAGCAGCGGUGCAUGGUGAUUCACGCGACGGGUAACAUGACGAUCGAAGAAAACGUUUCGUACGAAACGAAAGGCCACUGCUACCUGCUGGAGGAGGGGUCGGAACUUCGAAAUGUGUUUAGGCGAAACCUUGGGAUCAACGCGCGGAAAGUGGACAAAGUAAUCCCGCCGGCAACUUCCAACCGGUUGGAUUUCCAAACCGACAAGCAGCCGACGAUUUUCUGGCUUGCGACGCCCUUCAGCAGCUUCGUUGACAAUGUUGCUGCCGGCUCCGAGGAUUCCGGAUUCUGGCUAGAGGCCAAUCCAUACAUGCGGGGUUUGUCGCGGCUGCUCCCGCAGAUCGGGUCAACAAUACCCUUCUAUUACAAUUGGGGCACGUGGGACGGCAACCACGCCCACUCCAACCUCAUUGGAUUCCGCACCUACCCGCACGGGUCACGGCCCCGAUACCCAUCCGCCACGCAGAAUCCCCGCGUCUCCCUCAAGAACUUCCUCAUUUACCGCAACAAGGCAGGCAUUUUCUUUUUCAACAGCGAGCGACUGAUAGUGGAGAAUGGGGUGUUUCUGGACAAUGGAAUCGGCAUCGACUUGAGCCGCAAUGCCGGCGUGCAAGCCAAGGGCUGCCGCUUCAUCGGCCGCUCCUCCUCUGCCUGCCCCGCGUCCUCAGCCAAGGGAGUAACGACUCUCGCUGAUACAGCAGGCUCCGACACCCUAGCCGGCCCCACCACUCUGUGGGAGCCCUUCACUCUGCAAGCCUCCCUAGGGCCCCUCGACCCGUACUUUGAUCCAUCAGCAAGCAGCAGUGGCAGCAGCGGCAAUGGGAACUACGCCACGCCGGCUUAUAGCAAUAAAAGAGAUCCUUAUAACAAGGCGUUUCAGGAUCCGGUGGAUGGGGGGGCAGCAGAUGGGAGUGUUGAUCCGAUGGUGGCGCUGAACGAGAAGGUGGGGACGUUUGAGGCGCCUGUGGGAGUCACGCUGAGUCAGAGCAACCCGGGGGACAACCUGUUCCCUAACGGCAUCCAAGAUAGCUCCUUCCACCGCUUUGGCACCUGUAGCAGCAGCAGCUUUGGGAUCGCUCUUGUGGCAAAUAAGGCGGGCGGAUACUGGAACACUGCCAUGUUCGUUAAGGGUCUCUCGUUUGGGUCAGGGACUAAGAAGUUUUGGGCCACACCCAAUCCAUCCUCCGGCCCAAUCCCCCGGGGGGGUCUGGUGGCGCGCUUCUACGCCAUCCGGGAUCUCGACGGUUCCCUCCUCGGCCAAUCAGGCUACGCCGUUGCCAACUACGACCCCAUCCUGCCGCCCGCCGCCGUCCGGGCGGCGAAGUGCAGCUUCCAGAGGAAGGCGAGACUGCAGCUGGAUAUUGGGGCGAGCAGCAGCGGUCGUGGGCUGGCUGUAUUGGACCUGGAUCAAGGCGUGAGCACUGCUUGCUCCUCAGACUCGUGA